AUGUCUCUCGGAAAGAAAGUCACUCUCAACUCCGGCCACCAGAUUCCCCAGCUGGGCUUUGGUACAUGGCAAUCUGCUCCUGGCCAGGUCGGUGAGGCUGUCUAUGAGGCACUGAAAGCUGGUUACCGUCACCUGGAUUUAGCAACUAUCUACCAGAACCAGCGCGAGGUAGCCGAUGGAAUUAAGCGUGCUUAUAAGGAUGUCCCCGGUCUGAAGCGCGAGGAUAUCUUUAUUACUUCUAAGCUAUGGAACAGCCAGCACCGCCCGGAGGUUGUCGAGGCAUCCUUGGAUGCUUGCCUUGCUGAGCUUGAGUUGGAUUAUCUUGAUCUUUACCUUGUUCAUUGGCCCGUUGCCUUCGAGAAGGGAGAUGCAUACUUCCCCCUCGUUGCCAACAGCACCGUCGAGGGGGGUGAUGUAAUCAUUGACGAUGCUAUGACCCAGCUCCCCAAGAGCAAGGCUCGUUCUGUCGGUGUUUCCAACCACAAGAUUGAGCAUCUUGAGGCUAUCAUUAAUGGCACCGGUGUCGUCCCUGCAGCCAACCAGAUCGAGCGCCAUCCCGUGCUCCAGAGCAAUGACUUGAUUGAGUACUGCCAACAGAAGGGAAUCCACGUUACUGCUUAUUCUGCAUUUGGUAACAAUAUGCUUGGCAUUCCUCUGCUCAUCACCCGGCCGGAAGUCAAGGAAGUCGCCGAGUCUGUUUCAAAGCGCACUGGCCAGGAAGUCACCCCCGCACACGUCAUUCUCGCCUGGUCUCAGGUCGGUGGACACAGUGUGAUCCCCAAGUCAGUCACGCCUUCGCGCAUUCGUGAUAACUUCAAGGAGGUAGAGCUCACCCCCGAGGAAGUUCAAAAAGUCAGCGCUCUGGGCAAGGACCGAAGGCGCUACAACAUUCCUUAUACUGCCAACAAGCCUCGUUGGAACAUCGAUAUUUUCGGCGAGCCCGAGGAGAAGACCGCUGAUCACAAAGUCAUUCUGAGUGUUUAA